GGCAAGUGAUUGUUUGGACAGGUGGCCUCGAGGCCGAGGGGACCGGUUUUCUGAUCCAAACGUGAGAAUUUCCCGCAAACUGUCGAGACUUUUGCGUCACAAGGCUGAGGAAGAAGGAUUUCAGCUGAUGAAAGGAGGAUUCCUGUACGUUGAUGACCUCCUGAGGCACCAAGACUUCCGAGACACGACGAUAGAACAGAUUCAGCAGAUAGUGGACACCAACGACAAGCAACGUUUCACUUUGGAGACAGACAAUGACACAGGCAGACUGAAGAUACGAGCCAACCAAGGUCACACCAUGCAGAUCGAUGAGCUAGAGUUGAAGCCGAUCGUUAACGCUGAGGAGUUCCCCGUGGUUGUCCAUGGGACGUACGAGAAGAACGUGGACAAGAUUCUGACAGAGGGCUUGAAGCCGAUGGGCCGUAACCACGUCCACUUUGCCGCGGGGGAGCCAGGCCAGGACGGAGUCAUCAGCGGCGGCCUCAAGUUUUACCAGUCGGCCAACAACGUGAUACUGUGCCCCGGCGACCAGAAUGGUGUCAUUUCUCCUGUCUACUUUGACAAAAUAAAAAACAGGCGCUCGGGGAAAACG